UUCACAUCACCAAGCAAACGCGGCCGAUUGGUUUGCGAGAGGAUGGAGACGCAGCGAAGACCUUCCCCUCCCGCGCGAGAGAGACUAGUGGAGAUGGUUGGCAAGUGCAAGUAUUCGUGCCAGAGUGCUGGCGAUACUCUCGCAUGGAUCCACGCCAUCAUCGACUUCAUCGUCCCCUACAUCUUCUUAAUCAAUGCCCAUGUCGUCGACUUCUUCAAGGAUAGACUCUGGGAGAAUGUUGACGAGGAAUGGAUUGACUGCCUGCGCAGAGAAUCUGUUGAAAAUCUCCUCCUGAUUCCUUCUGGAGUAAUACAGGAGCACUGGCCUACUUCGUUGAAGGUUUUCAUCCUAAAAUUGCAGUCUAUGGUGCUUCAUCGAGAACAGGCAGACAUGCAAGCAAUAUCACCUAGCAUGCAGAUGACUUCACUUAACAGUGUUCUUGCCCAUGGAAUGAAUUUGAAGAAAAAACAUGAAGUGGAAAUUCUUUCUGCUGUUGUUAGUUCAAUAGCAAACAGUGUGAGAGCUCAUACCAUCAUUGAUGUUGGUGCUGGUCAGGGUUAUCUUGCCCAAGUACUUUCCUUUCACUACCAGCAUUCUGUUGUUGCAAUUGAUGCAUGCUCACAUCAUGGAAGUGUUACUGAUGCGCGAGCAGAACGAAUUAAAAAGUACUAUGCAUCUCAGAUGAGAAAAUCUGGAUCAGGUAUACGAGAUUUGAAAGGACCAAAGACAAUUACAAGUUGUGUAUUGUCCACUGACAUUUUGAAAGACUUGACUGAAAUGUCUCUGCGUGGAGAUGGUGAUGACCAGUUGUUUAAGGGUAAAAAUCAUGCAGAUAAUGGGAAGCUCCAUUGUCCCAAAUAUGGAAAUGAAAGAACUUCAUUGGUUCUUGCUGGGCUUCAUGCCUGUGGUGACCUUUCAGUCACUAUGCUGAAGACUUUUUUAGAGUGCAAAGAGAUUACAGCUGUGGUGAGUAUUGGCUGCUGUUACAACUUACUAUCUGAAGAAAGGUUUACGGAUGCUGGAUCUCAGUGUGGGUAUCCAAUGAGUCAUGCUCUAAGAUCCAUUGGCUCAUCGCUUGGUAAAAGUGCACGCGAUCUUGCUUGCCAGAGUGCAGAGAGAUGGAGGAGCCUGGAAAUGGUCGCUGGCAUUCAUAACUUUGAGUUGCAUGCUUUUCGUGCUGCUUUUCAAAUGGUUCUUUCUAAAUAUUAUCCUGAAGCUAUGAUGAAUACUCCAUCAAUUGGACGAAAAGGGAAAGCUUUACGUCGUCGACAUCAGAGAAGAGUUGUUGAGUCUCAAAGGCAUCUUCAUGAAGUUACUUCAUCACUGGCUAUAAAACCAGCAGAAUCAGAAACUGAUGGGAUUUUGGGCUCAGCAUUGGAAAUACAGGCCUUGCCAUGUAAAGCUAGUUAUAGUGAAAGAGCUGGAUGUGAGCAGACCAAAUUUGAGGAUAUAUAUUUGUUUUUCAAGGACUUCUGUGAAUCUGGAUUAGAACAUCUUGGGAUUAGGCCUUCACAUAAUAUAGACUUUCAAGAGAUAUGGAAGGAAGCGGAGCCAUUUACUGAUCUCAUAGGACCUUAUUGGUCUCUCAGAGCUGCUUUGGGGCCUCUUUUAGAAACCCUAAUCCUUCUUGAUAGACUACUGUUCCUCCAAGAGCAAGGUAGUGUUGUGGAAGCCUACCUAGUACCAAUUUUUGAUCCAAGCUUGUCACCUCGAAAUGUGGCCAUAAUUGCAAAAAAGAUUGGCAUGGAUUUGGAAUCCUAAUGUUACUAAAAGGAUCUGUAUAAGUUUAUUUGCAAAAGUUUGGAGGGCGAUUCAUCUGCCUUGAAGCAUAACUGACACCACCAGAAGGUUUUGAAAUUAGCAUUUAUUUUUAGAAUAGUUCUCAAUAUGAAUCUUUUUUGUUGAUUUUGUUUAUUGACAUGUUGGCAUAUCAAUUGCAUUGGACCAAAGAAUAUUUUUGUGGUGACCGCAAAAAGAAAGGGAUUCUAAGCAUGGUAGUUAAAUUGUAAUGUACAUCACAGACCGGAAAGCAUCUUUCUAAAUUAGGAAUCAGAAAAUGUCAAAUAAAAAAUAGCUUGAAAUAUAACACGACAUGUAUGUCUGAAUGUAAUAAAUCUAACCCAAAAAUUAAGAAAAACUCUUAAUUAUACGUCAUAGAUAAGCUCAUUGAAUACCCAGUGUCUCGGCAGCUGAACUUUAUCACUCAAUCUUGCACGGGUCAGAACCCUUUGCAUGCAGCCCACGCUGAACCUGUCAAUCUGGUUCUGUCACCGAACAAUAGACACACUAGAUACUUUAUUGAGUAGGAUAUACGACUCUGUUUUGGACUUAAACUGCCCAUACUGGCUUGGGUUUCAUAAAUUAAAAAAAAAAAAAAACUAACAGAAGCCAGUUGGUACAUGCCUGUUGCAACUCGAAAUGAUGGUUUAACUCUUUUAGCCACUAUAUUGUGUAGUUUCAAUUGAAGUUACUCUAUCAAGUUGGUAAAAGAAAAAGCAAAGCACGAUAAAACAAUGCUGUAUCUGAUGAACUUCAAUUUUACUUCUCAAUUUCAGAUUGGAAAUUGUCUCCUCAGGAUUCUUAAAUAUUCCCUCGAAAAGUUAAGAGAGCCAAAAAGCCAGAGAGAAUGAGAGGAAAUGGAAUAAAUCAAGGACCAUCUUGACAGAAUUAGGUAAUAAAAGGAUUUUGCUCUGAAUAAAAGAAGUUUUAACCAGAAAAAAUUAAGAUCUUAUGUAAGCUGCGGCUAUCUAUUCCCUCUUCCUAAUUUGUUUUGGUUUUCUUGCCAUGAUCAAUUAAGUGGUCAUUUCUGGAUUCUACCUGACACUGGAUCAAGUUUAUAUUUACAUACUCUAAAUCUAGGUGUUCUUCCAGAAAACGUAAUGCAAUGAUGGAAGAAUCCCUGGUCCGUUGAUUAGUCUUUUCACAGAAGGAAUCAGGACUAGACUUUAACAAUGAAUGGUUCCAAUCCCGUGAGUCAUAAUUCUGAGGGUUUGUCAUUGCUGCAUGGAUUCCAGGAGUGCAAAUGAGGGACACAUUAGUAUUUGUUUUUGGAAGAAUCUGUUUUGACUUCUGAUAGAAAACAAUACAUGGUUCUAUUUGUUCAAAUUGGAGUCCUUUAAUUAAUUCUGAAUAUUGUAGCCUUUCAUUCUCUUUUCUACUCUUAUAAAGUGAUUUCAAAGAUUGAGGUUUUAUGCAUGACUUUGUGUUCAUGCUUGUAUAUUUAGAGAUUAUGGUUUCAUGUCCUAUGAAGGAGUUGAAUUUUCUACCAGAUUGAAUGGAAAAUUUUAUUUCAGAAGUGGUGGACCUAUCUGUUUAUUUGUCACGUAUUAAUGUGAUUAAGAGUUGUAUGACUUUAUUCCUGAGUUCAUAAUGCUUUUAUAAUAAAAAGACUUGACUCGAGCACUCCUUAUACUUUGGGAUGGGUUGCCUCUUGCCAUAGAGUAUAUUCCUUUUGGAUCUUAUCUAUUAUACUGAUACAGAAGGAGAUAUUUAAGUAAAUUAACCCAUAGCUGGCUAUUAUAACUGCAUACAGGUGGCGCAUGAAGGAUGUAGUGAGUGGGAUGCCAGGGAGGCUGUAAUGACGUAAUCAUUUAAAAUUUCCUUUAGGUAUUUAAUCAACCUGUUUUCUUAGUUCUUAUCAUGAUUUUAGGACAAAGGCAAAUUUGUUCGCAUUUCAUUUGUUAAGCUUCGAUCAGGUUGCGGAUAUACUUGUGCUUCAAUUGUCCAACUGAAUUAGGAAAAUCUAGUUUGAUUAUCCGUUUUGGUUUAUUGAGCUUGUAGUAUCUCUAUCAUAAGUGGCACUUCCAGAGGAGGCGAGAACUUCUCUUUUGUCAAGAUUCAAUAGUGGUUGUACUGUUUGAAAGGUAAUCGAAGACUAGGACCUCAGAUUAGCAAGCUGUGUUUUGGCUUUGCACUAAGUUUAAAGUUUAAACGUCUCAGGCGUGUAUGGCUUAGUUACAAAUGGCAGUCCCGCAAGGCUUUCUACGUGUCCCUGGUUGAAAUAACUUUGUCGUUUUUGACUUUACUGAAUAUGCUUUAUUUCUUCCAUUAUAUGUUGUUGUUAGCAAGAAAAAUGCCAUGAGAGGUAGCCAUCACCAUAAAGAGAAAUGGCUGGCUGAUUUUAUAUGAUACACAGUUACACACAUCUCAUCCGGAACUAACUUCACUUUAGUGGUUUCAGAUAGGCACAAGAUCACUCUCAUGAAUUAGUCAAAAGUUUGAUCGUGCAGCCAUCUUUGAUUGUUACAGGGACAAUGGAUUCAGGGAGGGCAGUCACUAGUGUCCUCCUAGACUUUUCAAAACAAAGGAGGGAAUAAAUUUUUGUCGAUUGGAAAAUUUGCAUAUCCAAGGCCAUGUUCUUAUCGUUUCCAAGGUAAUUGGGCACCAUCCUUCUCCAUAUAUGGACUUCAUGUCGUAACCUCUAAUGAUUACUAUUCUUUUUCUUGGUUGGCUAUUCAAAUACUGCAUUGACCGACUCUAGAUUACUUUGAAAUUAAAUUAUCAUAGGACUUUAGCGUGUCUUUUACUGAUGCCUCUGUCGCAUUCUAAACUCUGCUUCUAGGAAUUUUUCUUUUCUUGGGCCGAGAGAUUAUAAUAAUAAUACUAAUAUUAUUAUUAUUAUUA